AUGAUUGUUACUAACGUUUUAGUCCUCUUGGGACUUCAACUAUACUUAACUCAAGCUGUGCCUUCUCCAUUCCUUGAUUUUGAAGCCAAGCGUUCUGAAGUGGAUACAGCUCAAUUGGUUGUCGAUAGGGAUAGUUUGUAUUCCCAAAGAUCCAAUUUAGUUGAGUUUGUAAAUAGUCGUGAAAACAGAGAUACUUUUUCAAAGCUUCAACAUAACCAGUAUGGGUUUUUCGAUGACGAAUUAAAUAACGUUGGAACCAUUGCCUUCCCCAAGUAUAACCAAUAUCAAAGACAGCCAUAUGUGGCAAAUGGGUUCAUCGGAAGUCGUAUUCCAAAUUUGGGCCAAGGUUUUACCUAUGAUCAAUUGUCUGAUGGACCCAAUGCUAACGAAGAAGAUUUAUCUAACGGUUGGCCUUUGUUCAAUAAACGUUAUGCUGGUGCUUUUGCUGCCGGGUUUUUUGAUAUUCAGGAUGACGUAACUUCUACAAAUUUCCCCGAGUUAUUAGAAAAUGGAUAUGAAAGUAUUAUUGCUGCAAUUCCUCAAUGGACUACUCUCCAAAUAUCCGCUGAAGUCAACGGUACUGUCUACAUUCUAGACCCCUCUCAUAACCAUACCACCUUGGGCUCGAUAACAAAUUACGUUCAAAAUUUAUCUUUGACAACAGGUAUUGUUACUACCCAAUUUACCUGGUUAGAUCAAAUUCAAGUUCAACUACAAGUUUUAGCUCAUAGACUGUUAUUGAAUAAUGGAAUUGUUGAUUUGAAAAUUGGUAAUCUUAAUGACAAUUCCCCUGUUAAUGUUAGCGCUAUUGAUAUUCUUGAUUUUGAAAGUGCUCAAAGAUGUCAACUUACAGAGAUUGAUAAGGAUGAAUCAGGAAUUUACGUUACCUUCCAACCACAUCAAAUCGAUUAUAUAAAUGGUGCCAUAUAUUCCAAAUUAUUCACCUCAAAUGAAGUAUUAAGGCUGUCAGAUAAUAAUCUGACUGCUAAACAGUAUGUUCAAUUUGAAUUGCAACCGAAGGAAAUUAAACAUUUAACAAAAAUUGUUGGUGUCACAACAACAGAUUUCGAUCCUGCUAGCUUAGACUCAUUGGACCUGGUACUCAAAAAGGCUAAGUCAUCUGUUACUGAUAUCAAUGAUGAUGUUGAGACUUUAAUUAAAAAACAUGUUCAAGAUUGGCAGGAAACUUUGGACUCAACUUUAUCAAUAACUUUUCCCGAUGAUCGCUUAUUGACUAUGGCUGCAAGAGCUUCUAUUUAUCAUUUGAAUGCAAAUACUAGACCAGAAGCAAAGGGAGUUACUGGUGCUGUGGGUGUCGGGGGGUUAUCUUCUGAUUCUUAUGGUGGAAUGGUGUUCUGGGAUACAGACUUGUGGAUGCUCAACGGUUUAUUACCUUUUAAUCCAGAUCAUGUUAAAAGUAUUGUUAAUUAUAGAAUCCAUACUCAUCAACAAGCUAAAGAAAAUAUUCCUGAUAACUACACGGGAGCUGCGUAUCCUUGGACUAGUGGAAGGUUUGGUAAUUGUACUGCUACGGGCCCUUGUAUAGAUUAUGAAUAUCAUAUAAACUAUGCAGUUGCACAAGCUGCUUGGGAAGUUUACUUGAGUGGUGCUGCAGAUGAUAAAUACUUAGAGGAUGUGGUUUACCCCUUGGUUAAUGAUGCUGCUUUAUUCUAUUCAGAUUAUGUUAAAUAUAAUGAUACCUUAAAUCAAUAUACUACUCGUAACAUGACUGAUCCUGAUGAAUAUGCAAAUCAUGUGAAUAACGCUGCAUAUACAAAUUCUGCAAUCUCUUUGAUAAUGAAAAUUGCCAUUUCAGUUUCAAACCAAUUGAAAAAACCAUUCCCGGCUAUUUAUUCUGAUAUUCAUGAUAGUAUUCAUUUACCUACUUCAGAAAAUAAUGAUAAUAUUACUUUGGAAUACACUGGAAUGAAUAAUUCUGUUGGUAUCAAACAAGCAGAUGUAAUUAUGAUCACAUAUCCUUUAGGAAAUGAACUUAUCGAUGAAGAUCAAGCUAGACUCAAUAAAGAUUAUUAUGCAAUCAAACAAGUCAAUUAUGGUCCAGCCAUGACUUAUCCAAUAUUUUCAAUUGUUUCAUCGAUCUUAUCUACAUCAGGCUGCGCUCUGUAUUCAUAUCUUCAAAAAGCAGUUAUUCCAUUUUUAAGAGCUCCAUUUGCCCAGUUUUCAGAGCAAAAUCAAGAUGACUUCUUAAAUAAUGGUGGUACCCACCCUGCAUUCCCAUUUUUAACUGGUCAUGGUGGCUACUUGCAAGCAAUUCUCCAAGGCUUUACUGGACUAAAAUUUGAUUUCGAAAUCAAUAAGUCAGGAACCUUCGAAAGAGUACUCCAUUUAGAUCCUAUAUCUCUUCCUUGUUUAUCCAACGGUGUUCAAUUCGAUGGGAUUAAAUACCUAAAUCAUUCAAUUUCAUUUAAUUUGAAUAGUGAUUCUCUCAGAAUUAAAGAUAACGGUCCAAUAAACGAACAAGGAAAAUCAAUCGAUUCAUUUAAUAUCCGUGUUGGUGAGAGAAAUACUAAAGCUGGCAAAUACAUAUUGAAUUCAGGGGAAGAAUUAACAAUCCCACUUUAUAGUACUUAUAAAGCAGUCGAAUCAAGUAUAACGGAAUGCAACAAUGCCAUUUUUACAAAUAUUACGGAUGGAUUCUAUGGGGAAAUAUCCAGUGCAAUGAAUGAUGGUGAUAAUACAACCCAUUGGGAAGCCCUUCAUAAUGAUUCAACAGCAAAGAUUCUUGUGGACUUGAAACAAAUUCAAAACGUAACCAAAGUCAAUAUAAACUGGGGUGAUAAACCUCCAAAGAAAUGGGGUUUAUCAGCAAUUGAACCAGAGAAGUUAUCUAGUUACAGUUAUUUGGCAAACACGGUCGAUAUACUUUCAUACGUGGAUUUUGGUACUGACCUGUACCAAUAUUUUAAUUAUGACAAAAGCAGUCAAAAUAUCGUCAAACAAAGCGAUAUCUUUACUGAAAUAGUAAAUGAAAGUGUUGAGAUUAGUGAACCCUAUAAUACCAAAGAGAGCCAGAUUGUUCAGGUACCGAAUCGACACAAUACCACUACUUUUUAUCAUGAAGAAGGUGCAUAUUCCAGAUUUUUUUUGAUUGAAAUAAAGGAUAUUCAUAACGAGGCCCCAAUUGAAAAUGAUAUUGGUGGAGCAAAGAUAUUCGAAGUUGUUUUUGAAUAG